GCAGCACAAAACAAGAAAAUCUUGGUGGAUAUAUAUUAGUGUCUCAAAACUCUCCCCUAAACUCUCUCUUCAUUGGCGAUGAGGUCACAAAUGCACCUCACUGUUGCCGCAAUGGCAGUUGUCGUGACUGCAUGGUUAGCCUAUAACCGUGACGUGACAGAUACAUCAACCUUUGGAGUUUCCGAUGUUUGGCAAUACGAAAUGGUUCCGAUUGAAAAUGGUGCCAUUGGACCAGAGAGUUUCGCUUUCGAUCCUCACGGUGAAGGACCUUACACCGGCGUUUCUGACGGUCGAAUUAUCAAAUGGAACUGCCGUGAGAGUCGUUGGGUCGACUUUGCCGUCACUUCUUCACACAGAGGUGAUGGUGAUGAUGAAGAAUGUGGAGGUCCAUAUAAGGAUCAUCCCAAGAAAGAGCACAUAUGUGGGCGCCCACUUGGGCUUUGCUUUAACAUAGCAUCGGGCCAACUUUAUGUUGCUGAUGCAUAUAUGGGCCUAGUUGUUAUUGAGCCCAAUGGUGGCACUGCGAGAAAAAUCACAUCACAUGCAAUUGAAGGUGAACCUUUGGCAUUUACAAACAGUUUGGACAUUGAUCAAAGAACUGGAGCAGUCUACUUUACCAGCAGCAGUUCUAAAUACCAGAGAAGGAAUUAUGUGUCUCUAAUCCUAAGUGGAGACAAAUCAGGGAAGCUAAUAAAAUAUGAACCAAAAAGUGAACAAGUCACUAUUCUUCUAAACAAUCUCACAUUUGCAAAUGGAGUAGCACUUAGCAAAGAUGGCAACUACAUUCUAAUAGCAGAGACAACAAAUUGUAGAAUACUAAGGUAUUGGUUACAAACAUUAAAAGCUGGAACAUUAGAAGUUUUUGCCAAUCUACCAGGUUUUGUGGACAACAUAAAACAAAGUCCAAGAGGUGGAUUUUGGGUUGGAAUAUACUCAAAAAGAGAAAAAUUUAUACAAUGGAUUUUAUCAUAUCCUUGGAUAGGAAAAGGGUUGGUAAUUCUUCCUUUGGAUAUAACAAAAAUUUAUUCAUAUUUGGCUAAAUUGAAAGGGAGUAGUGGAUUGGCAAUUAGGUUAAGUGAAGAGGGUGAUGUGUUGGAAAUUGUUGAAGAUCAUAGAAGUGGAAUUAGAAGGUCUAUUAGUGAUAUUGAGGAAAAAGAUGGGGUAUUAUGGGUAGGAUCAGUUGAUGCACCUUUUGCUCUUAUGUAUAAUACUCUUGUGGCACAAGAGUGAUUAUAAACAUAAAUAACUAACUUAAGGGAAAACUAAUUACAUCACAUCACAUACAUCUAAAGCCAUAAAAAUAAGGUGAAAUUGAGAAAUGCAUAGUGAAAAAAUAAAUGGUUAUAACAAUUCAUGAUA